GUGUUCACCCGCGUCGACUUACUCGAAUGAUAGACGUCGUUCACGUGCAGUCACCCCCGAACCCCGUGAGGAAUCACCAAUAUCGGAGCGUGUCCUUGUCUUCGUCCGGAUCCUCGCCAUUUCUGCUUUCCAACAUUCCGUACUCAAACCACACGCCUGCACCCUACUUUGGCCUUGGUGCAGAGCAUCCUUUUGCCAACUAUUGGACCAGUAGAGGUGGCCUCGCCGAGGUCAUCGGAGUACUACCGGCCAGAGAACAGGCAGACAUUCUUGUAGAUAAGUAUUUCGAUGCCGUUGACCCAGUGUAUCCCAUGAUACACAAGAGGAACUUCUAUGCCGACUAUGAGCGAUUUUGGUCGCUACCGCCAGAUGAGAAGCAAGUAGCAGACCCAGUGUUGGUCGCCCUGCAUUUCGUCGUGUAUGCAAUGGGCACUCAGUUUAUCCAUACGCCGUCAAAUCAAGAGCGAACACAAAUUGCCGAAUUCUAUAUCUCAGCAGCACAGCAAGCUCUUCGGUUAUCAUCUUACCUGAGCAAGGCUUCAGUCAGGACAUUGCAGGCCAUGGUACUGAUCAGCUACUUCCUCAUGAAUGAUAAUCACGCUUCAGAUGCGUGGUCUUUCGGCGGCGUGCUCGUGCGACAAGCAUACGCCAUGGGCCUAAACCGCGACCCUGACAUCAUCGCGCCUCGCUGUUCUCGAAGCGACAAACAACAGCGACGGAAGCUCUGGCAAGCUGUGUUCUUCCAGGAUACAUUUCUCACGGUACUACUCAAGCUCCCACCAACAGCAAACAUCUCCGACAUCCGGCCAGAGUCUCUGAGCGACGAGCUUGACGAUUACAUGCCGAACAGUUCAUCCACAAACGGUAGCACGGAUCCCAUCAUCAAUCCCAUGAGCAUCAGUAAUAUUGCGUCGAUCACUGAUGUUUAUCCUCCCUAUGAGCUCUCGGAUCGCAGGUAUAUUCGCUCUAUGUGGCACCUGGCCAACCUCGUCUGCCGCACGGUCUGCACACCACGUUCACUAGCAUCACCACUCACCACCUCAGUCGCUCAUAAAAUCCAACUCGUCGGCGAAUACUUUGCACUACAUAGCACCUUCCCUAGCGAGCUAACCGCGUCAGAUGACGACACAAUACAAAGCAUGGCGAAAACGACUCUGCGGUCACUGCGCCAGAACCUCUUCUUUCGAAGCAACUUCUGGCACUGCGUCAUGGUCAUCCAAUCGGACGAGAACGUUGCUGAGGGCGUGUCGUGCGAUGUGAAAGGGGCGCUUGAGGCGGCAAGGAUGGGCGUGCAAGCCUUCUUCCACUUUUGGGAGUACUUGAGAAUCGACGCGAGCGUGUGGUGGGUGUUUCAGCAUCGGGCGUUCGAAGAAGCUCUUCUCAUGGCACGUAUUCUCGCCCAGCAAGAACAACCACUCUCGUCCAAACACCACGGCAUGCCGCCCUCGGCCGAUCCACUCCUCCAACUCGCAAAGGAGGAUGUGCGCAAGUGCCUGAACAUCUUAGAUUCUGUGGGCAUAGCGCCCGAGAUGCAGAAAACAAGGACGGAGGUACUUAGGACGGCUUUCGCAGAUAUCAUGUGGUAGCCGUGGUUUAACCGGACUAUGUGUGAUUCCGCGUUGAUGCGUACUGCUUCAAUUCUGAUGUAGAAUAUCUUUAGACAUACUAGUGCUAAUACCAUUCAUGUAAAGAAGGUGAUAGCGGUCCAUUACCAUU